UCAGCUUAGCCAGUUGGACACACAGACACACUGCUUUCAGAGGCACCGCAGGACCCUGUGGAAUAGAUACAUCCCAUAUUCACUGAGUGUGUGAGAGGGAGAAGGAGAAAGAUGGACAUCCUGGAGACGGACGCCUAUGAUAGGAGACAGCGCAGGAACACGUCCUGCAUUCUGUUUCUUUUUCUCCUUCCUUUCUUUGCUUCUGCAGCAUUGUAUUUCUACCUGUGGAUCCCAGAUUCUGCUCCGUCCAUCCUGGCUGCAGGUGUGAAGGCAGCCCCCGUGCUCUCAUUGGCUUUUGUGGUUCUGAGUUACAUUGGGGGGAAGAGCCUGCUGGGCGUGGCUGGAGGGCUGGUGAUGUCAGCAGGGGGAGACAUCUGUCUCAUCUGGCCACAUCUUUUCCUCCUGGGAAUGGCCUGCUUUGCUCUGGCCCACCUGCUGUACUCUCUUUCCUUCCUUACUUCACGUUAUUCCUCUCAAUCCUCUUCUUCCUGUGGCCUCUACUUCUUCUACCUCCUGCUCUGGGUAGCAAGUGGUGGAAUUUACGUCUAUCUCCUGCCCUUCCUCCAGAAGUCACCGGAGCCUGAGGUUUUUGUCCCGGCUGUUGGAGGUUACGCGCUUCUCAUCGUUCUGAUGGCGACGCUUGCGGCACGAACGAGGCGCCCUCUGGUUCUGCUAGGUGGCCUGGUCUUCAUGGUGUCUGACUUCACCCUUGCGCUGCAGCAUUUUAAAGUUGUUGAGCAUCUGGAUCAUGGCAAGCAUAUUGUCAUGACAACGUACUACCUGGCCCAGCUGCUGAUCGCCAUUGGUGACGUGAAGGCGACGAUGGCAGAACAGGGCGAAGAGUUCCACAAAUGGAAGAGGUCAUAGGGGCGGUGUGGAGACAUGGGCAUGUGGGACUAAUGCAGACUUCAUACAGACGGAUAUGAAUCAUUACUUACACUUAUACUGUAUUCUGUAUUUAAAUGUUUACGUAAUGUAUAGGUCGUAAGUCUGUAUUGUUUAAAUGCAUCUACUAGGUUUUAAAAGGCCAGCAAACAUAAAUAUUAUUUAUAGCUACUGACCAUGCUUAUCAUUUGAGCACAAACUAGGACAUGUCUGGUCAUGACUCUACUUAGACUAUACUAUAUUUCUUACAAUAUUAAAAUAACCAAAAACUCUCAAACGAUAAGUAAGAAACGUUGAAUAAACUUGGGAAAUCUACACAUCUAA